AUGUCGUCAAAUUCAAAAGUUUCAACAACUGAUCGAAAAAAUUCUCCAACUGAAAAAAUUGUGCUUACAAAUUUACCUGUACCUUUAACACCAACACUACCAACUCAUCACGAUAAAAAUUUUAUUAAUAGUAAAAGUGAUGGUGAAAAUAUCAGUACAUCAAGUAAUACAUCAAGUAAUACAUCAAGUAUUGCUUCAGGUAGUACUCCAAGCAGUAGAAUCGAGGGACAAGGAUUUUUUACAAUUUUCGAUGGUCAUGCAGGAAAACAAGCAGCUGAAUGGUGUGGAAACCAUUUUCAUGAGACAUUUUUGGAAGUUCUUCGAGAAAAACCAAAUGAUCCUAUACCAGAAAUUUUUCAUUUAGCUUUUCUGCGGGCAGAUAAGCAGCUUAAUCAGAAUGCGGGAAAACAUUCAGGGUGUACCGCUAUUUCUGCUUUUUUGAGGUUGGAAAAAAUAACUGAUA